AUGCCGCCAACACGUCAGCAACGAUACACGUGUCAAAUAUCAAUAGGGAGUACCCGCAAGUCUCCCGGAAAGCAGAGCGCUGAUCAGGAGUCCCCGGAUGUUGUCCUGGACUCGGAAAAGAAAUCAUCACAGUUAUCUGAUGAUAAACUCCGAUAUGAUGGAAAAGUCGGACGAAAUCCUGUCAGUCCUGUACAACAAACAAACAAUAGACUAGCGAAUCUGGGGUCAGCGCAGCAAUCAGAAGACGGACGAGCGCCUCAAUGGCCCACACAACAGUCAGACGACGGACGAGAGCCUCUGGAGGGUGUAACGCAAACAAACAAUGGACGAGCGCCUUUAGGGCAUGUACAACAAUCAGAUGACGGGAGAGCGCCUCAAUGGCCUGUACAGCACUCGGAUGACGGACGAGCGCCUUUGGGGCAUGUACAGCAAACAAACAACGGACAAGCGCCUCUGAGGCCUGAGCAACAGGCGGACGACGGACGAACUUCUCUGAGGUCUGGAGAACAGACUGAAGACACACGAGCGUCUUUGAGCCCUGUAUUGACAACACCUUUGGGACAUGUAAAGCAAAACGAAGACGUGCGAACACCCCUGACUGCUGAACAUCAGACAGGCGGCGGUGAAACACGUCUGGACGACGAAAGAGUGCCUUUGAGUUGUGGAAAACAGGGAAAAUAUUCAAAAUAUAUCACCCCUGAACUCAUGAAGUCCUAUUUAGAUUUCUUCAAUAAAGCUGAUACAUUCAGCAAUGGGCAACUUACAGUCCACCAAUUUCGUGAUGCAGUGGUCGAACUCGGCUUCCUCGGAACAUCUUUCCAAAUAGCCAGAAUGUUUGUGGAUCUGAACCCUAACGAGGACCUCAUUGUUACACUGGAUGCCUUCAUGACGGAGAUGUGUAAAGUGGACAGUAGAAAGUGGACUAAAACAGAUAUAGAGGACAUUUUUCAUUCCCUGGAUUUGGACGGCGAUGGAAUGAUUACAGAGAACGAUAUCGAGACGACGCUGGAACGACUGAACAAGGUCAAAACUGACGAGGACAUUCAACGAAUGAUUACCCGCUACGACGUGGACCGUGAUGGCGCGCUCUGUCUUCAAGACUUUGUGAAAGGCUAUCAGCGCGACCAGCGGAAGUGA